CUGGCUCAAACAUCAUUGCCCCCGUCUAGCUAGACAAGCAAGCACUGCGCUGGUCGGACAGCUUCAUUCUACCAUCACCAUGCAUCUGAGCGGUUUCUCGCUGCUCGCUCUUGGAGCAGCAACAGUCAACGCUUUCCGGGAUACAUCACCCUUUUUCCUUGCAUCCACUUCUGAGAUCCUCGCUACUCCAGCAAGCAUUAAGACCGCCACCUCAUUACUGGACGACCUGUCUUCAACCCUCAGCACUUGCCCGUCCGACUACUAUGUGGUCGCUUUCCAGCCCGGCGUGCACAGCACGGAUUUCGCUACCAGCCACUCCGCUCCCCGCCUCGGUGCGAAGAUGACGGGACAGGACAAGGCAAUCCGGUCGAGUGCGAUAGUCCAUGAAGUCGCAGGCAUGUUGGAUGCGAAACAGGUCCAGAGCAUGAUUGAGAAGAGUUGCGGGGCGGGCUCCACUGUCGUUGACGGCGCCUCUGGCUCCUACCCUUCAUCAUUUGGCGAAGAGCCUCAAGUUAUUGCCGUCAACUUUCCCAUUCUCUCUUUGGGAUCUGACCGGGCACAGCAACUUUCCGACAACGAUGGCCUUCUUGCCGAUAUCGUUGACCGAAUCCCGUCGUCAAAGAAAUACACUAUUCUCUACGUGACCUCGCCGAGAGAAUUCCAGGACUCCGAGUCUCCUGUCUACCAUUCUGACGACAACACCUACCAAGACCCUGUCCACAUGGAGUUGAAACGUGACUACUCGGCCCACGGCUACCGAGUCGACUCUGCUUCCAACAAAUCUCUUUUCCAAGAAUACCAGUAUUUUACACCAGGCAUUUUCAUGGGACUCAUUGCCUCCUUCUUCUUCGUGGCUGUCCUGUACGUUGGAUUCAGCGCUCUUACUAGCCUACAGGUCCCUUAUGCUGCUUUUGAGAAAGACACCUCGCCCAAUGCGCAGAAGAAGCAGCAGUAAUUGAUUGUCAUAGUUUUGUUUAUUGAAUAUACAACUGUUGUUCCUGGAUUGCUAUAUUGAUGAUUAUUGUUAUACUGGGUGGAAUCCCACAUUGUAUGAUAUGAUAAACCUCCAUAUCUAAAGCUGUUUUAGAUAAAGCGACAGUGCAGAGCCAAUCUGUCACAUGAAUCGACGUUAUGCAUCUCAAUAUGAAUUUUUAAUAGUCUGCGAAGCCU